AUGUUUAGACUUGCAAAUUUGUCGAAAACUGUCAUCAGGAGAUAUUCCAAUAAUAAUAAUGUUACAUCUAAGGCUCAUGAAUUUUUAACUUCUGACGAACUUAAAACCUUUCGCAAUGGCGCUGGUCUCGUUACAUUUGGCGGAGCUGCUGUGCUCGGCAACUGGAAACUCGUUAAUAGUUCGAUCGACAGAUCGUUAGUCCCAAUCAAUUCGAAACUAGAUCAUAUUGGAAAUCAAAACAUUGAACUAAUUAAAGAGGUCCAUUUCAUUAAAGACCGCCUUAAUCUUACUGAGAAAGACCGCCUUCCUGAGAAAGACUGUGAUAAACAAGUGCGAACAUACUUCGAAUUAUUUUUUACAAAUUUGGAAGAACUGAGAUCUGAUUUUCCCCCACAUAAUGCUUAUAUUACACAUAAAAGUAAAUGUAAUUUGCAAUUAAGCUUCGUUUUUAUUUGA